AUGGCCACCGUGCUCACCUCCUUGCUCUGCCUGGGGCUGAGUCUGGGCCAGAAGAUCCAAGUGCAGGCUGGGACUCUUCUCAAACCCACCAUCUGGGCUGAGCCUGGCUCUACAGUCAUGGCUGGGAGACCUGUGACCAUCUGGUGUCAGGGGUCCCUGGAGGCUAUGGAAUACCAGCUGCAUAAAGAGGGCGUCAGAGUGCUCUGGGAUACACAGUUCCCACUGGAGCCGAGGAGCAAGGCCAAGUUCUCCAUUCAACAACUGACUGUGGACUUUGCAGGGCGAUAUCGCUGUUGCUAUCUCAGCAACAUUGGGAGGUCAGCACUCAGUGACCCCCUAGACCUGGUGAUGACAGGAGUCUACCAUAAACCCUCCCUCUCCACCCUGCCAGGCCACACAGUGGUUUCAGGAGAGAACGUGACCUUGCAGUGCACAUCGUCGAAGGAAGUGGACACAUUCUUUCUGUCCAAGGAUGGGGCAGCGGGUCCCCUCCUGUAUAUGAGAAUCCAGUUCCAAGGUCGGUGGAAACAUGGCACCUUCGCCAUGAGCCCUGUGACCUUGACCCAUGCGGGGACCUACAGGUGCUAUGCUUCACGACACACCUCUCCCUACCUGCUCUCACACCCAAGUGACCCCCUGGAGAUCACAGUACCAGAACUCACAGAUGCCAAAUCCAAGACAACUGCCGCCUCCCAGGACUACUGGGUGGGGAACUGUGUGCGUCUGGGCCUCUCCGUUGUGAUCUUGCUGAUCCUGGUGGCCAUUCUGGCCGAAGCUGGGCUCUGCCAGAGCCAAUCCCAGCAUGACUCCAUGGGAUGGAGACCAGAUGAUUCCCACCAAAGGACGUAG